CACAGAGCAGACGUAAAGGAAAGUAGACAAGGCACUGUGACGAAGACGAGAGAACAAAAGGCAAUUAAAAAGCCCCGCUCUCUCCUCCCUCCCUUUGCUCCCCUUCAAAACGACAUCUCCCGAGUUGUGUCUUAGGGGUGUUUGUCGCAUCUCGCCAAAAAAAAGGUCAUUUAAUCAAGUUCCUGAAACGGUCGUGUUAACAAUGAAACCCUCACGUAGCAUUCUCUCGUGGAUCCUUGCCUCAGCUUUCGGCGGAGGCGGGACUCUAGUCGGGGCCGAAUCGUCUCAAGCACCAACAGUUAAUCUUGGGUACGCGACUUAUCAGGGAGCCUACAACGGAUCGUACGGCCUUAACAUUUGGAAGAGUAUCCGAUAUGCCACGCCUCCCGUGGGAAAGCUGCGCUGGCAAGCCCCUCAGCCCCCUGCCUGGGACAACAAGCAAGUGACGCCGGCGGUGGACCAGCCGCCUCUCUGUCCGCAGACAGGACCCUACGGCGUCCCCGCAAGCUAUGGCUUCAACAGUGGCCCUGGCGAUGAGGACUGCCUCUAUCUCAAUGUGUACGGGGCUCCUGACGCCUCGAAUUUGCCUGUUUUCGUCUGGAUACACGGAGGUGGCUACGGCGUUCUCGGGGCUGUUUACGAUCCGACUGAGCUGAUAAAAGCCAAUGACAACGGCUUGAUCGUCGUCGAGAUCCAAUAUCGGCUAGGAGCAUUCGGAUUCCUCUCCUCUGCGGAGGUCAAGGAACAUGGCCAGCUCAAUGUCGGUCUUUUAGAUCAACGCCUCGCUCUGGAAUGGGUUCAGAAGCACAUCUCUAAGUUUGGUGGCGAUCCGAGCCGCGUCACCAUUGGUGGAGAGUCGGCGGGUGGCGGUUCGGUUUUGCUUCACGCUUCAGCUUACGGUGGUAAACAGACGAAUCUCUUCCAGAAUAUCAUCGCCGCAAGUCCAUACCUUCCAUCCACGUAUCAGUAUAAUGAUACGGCUCCGACAGCGCACUAUGACAAAUUUGUCGAGUUUGCCGGAUGUAGUGAUGCUUCGUCCACUUUUGAUUGCUUGGUUGCUGCCGAGAGCUCUGCAUUGCAGAACGCGAGCGGCACUGUUUCUACAACGCAGGGAUACUACGGCAGCUGGGCGUUUGUGCCGUCCAUAGACGGCGAUUAUAUACAGCAACGGCCAUCAGUACAGUUAUUAGAGGGGAAGGUGACUGGGAAAAGACUUCUUGUUGGCAAUAACGCCAACGAAGGUGUACUCCUUACAGACCCAGAGGUCAAUAGCAGAGAGAAAUACGAUAGUUUCGUCUCAACAACGUUUCCUUUAUUUACUCCGGAAGAUGUCACAUCCCUCAAUACCGCCUAUGAGAUUGACUCCUUACUUAGUGGCGAUGGUAUCCGAUACGACACGCUCGGUUACACUGGUCCAACUGCGUUGUAUCAGUCUGGUUUUGCUACAGGCAUACAACAGGCUGUGUUCAACCUCGCCGCCGAAACCAACUUUGUAUGCCCAGCUCAGUGGUUCGCCGAAGCAUUCAGUAGCGGUUCUCGGCAAGCGUGGAAAUAUCAAUACUCACUUACGCCGUCCUACCACGGCGCAGACUUGAACUCGUAUUUCGCUAUCGAUGCCACCUGGCCCAGCCCGGGAUUCAAACACGCCAUGCGAAAGAUCUACGGGAGCUUCAUCAUCAACAACACCCCUGUCAUCUCGGUUGAGGACGCGACUGCGGGUGAAUCGAACGCAACGGUCCCGAUCGGCUCGGAUGGCAAUAUUCAGUGGCCGGAAUUCGAUCUGGAGGGUCGGACACAAAUGAAUCUCAACACUACCGGCGGAACUGUAACGGGCACCGCGAUACCUCCUUACUUGAACUUCUACAUCCGAGAUGGCUCUGGCAUUGUGAACACGCUAAAUCUUUCCAAUUCCUACACGUGGGAAGGAGGGCGUGGUCGCCGGUGCGAUUUCUGGCGCGACGUUUCUGAAAGAGUUCCGCAGUAAAUAAUAACUACGUGAAAUGACAGGGUAUUUAUAGCAUGGUUUGGAAUUAAUUUAUCAACAUCUGUAGUUUAUCAAAGCACUUAUUUCAGUAAUUUUUUGUAGUUAUUAGAUAUAUCAUACUAUGGAAGCUUUAGUGGCGAUGCUCUCUUAGUGAGGUGUUUCUACCUAGUUCGCAAGACAGGGAAUUGGCGAAUUACUUUGUUUCCAAAGCACAGCCUUCUAUCCUAAUAAAAGAAAAAAAAAUGAUCGAAAGAAGGGAUUCUUACAGGUAGUUUAAUCUGAGGCCACUGUACAAGCCUUCGUAUUGGUUGGCGUAUCGCUUUUGAUAUUCGGAGACAAUUUCCAUAUAACAUCUGCAGUCCAACGAUAUUAUAAAUGAC